GUCACUGUACGUGAAGCGCGAGAUGAACGGAUGCUGGAGUGGUUACCUGGCGGUUUAAAGGGUCCCCUCAUAUAGUAUCAGUAGGCUAACAGACUGCGGCUGCGACAUGAGUAUAGUACCGAGUCAGACGACUGGCGUACCAACAUGCGGUGUUAUAACAACGGUGUGAUUUUCAGAUUUAACAUCAUCAAUGGCAAGGCGCGUGAGUGGACAGUGUGGUCACAUGUACUGACCGACAUCGAUCUGUUAUGGUCAUUACGACCAACACAUUCCGCUACUAAUAGUUUAGACGGUUCUUUGGACAAUGGAUGGACGAUACAACACAACGGCCAUCAAUUCAUUAUCUCGGAAUAAUUCACAAGGGAAAACAGAAGAUUCUAAUUUGAAUUUAACGAAGGAUUCAAUAGUUGGAUUGACUUCACUGUACGCCGCCACCACGUUGUUGUCAGUUGUCGGAAAUGCUCUGGCGGUUAUUGUGUUCGCACGGGGAAAACGUUCCCGGACAGACUUACGUCCGUUUCUCAUCAACUUGGCAGUAGCCGAUUUGCUCAUGGCCAUAUUCUGUAUGCCAUUUACUUUUGCGGAUGCUAUUUUCCAAACAUGGAUAUUUUCAGCACCUAUGUGUCCGAUCGUCCUGUUUGUCCAAAUACUGUCCGUAGCAUCAAGUGUUUUUACAAACAUGGCUAUAGGUAUAGAUCGAUUCCUAGUCGUUACGUUUCCUUUACGUUUACGGUUCACGCAAAAACGUGCGAAAUACGUGUUGUCAAUGAUAUGGAUAGCGUCGAUCGGUUUGGCGUCUGUUCAGUUGGGAGUAGCUCGUGGCCACUACAUAGGUCAACAGACCCUGAUAUGUAACGAGGUAUGGCCGUCGCCUGACUCCCGACGGAUCUACACCAUCUUCGUACUCUUAUUUACUUACGUCAUUCCUCUCAUCAUACUUGCCGUCACGUACUCCAUUGUGGGAAUUUUACUCUGGAAAAGAACUUCCCCCGGAAACAGUGAUCACUUCCGGGAUUUUCUACAAUGGCGGUCAAAAAUCAAGGUUGUGAAGAUGCUGGUCAUCGUCGUAGCUAUGUUUGGUUUAUGCUGGCUGCCAUUACAUAUAUUCAUCAUUGUAACGGAUUUCUAUCCCGAGGUGCUCAACUACACUUCCGCCGAGGAGGAAAAGACCGUGCUUGGGAUCUAUCUAGGCUCUCAUUGGCUGGCCAUGUCGAAUAGCUUUGCUAACCCAAUCAUUUAUGGUUUUACAAACGAAAGCUUUAGGGCUGACCUAUUAACCCUGUUCUACAUGUGGUUUCCGUGCUGUCAUUGUAUCAAAGACGUACUCCAUAGGACCAACAGCCGAGUCACGCGAGACAGUGUUGUCUUUCGGCGUCUCAGUACACUGAGAAGAAGUGAGGGAAACAUCAACGAUUUCAAAAGGAACAGAUUCCCUAAACGAGUGUGGAGCUCUUUACGGCACGAGGACUUAAAGAAGAAUCAAGCGACAUCUAACAAAGACAAAGUUGGGAGUAAAUGUAAUGUCAUCCUCAAUUCACGACGUCAUACAAUUUGUAAAAUUGUGGUUGAUGUGAUGGAGAUAUCAGAUAUGGAAAAUGCAUCCGUGAUUCGCGAAUCUACCCAAUGAUCAACUACAUUUGUGAUAAAAUCAAAUCAAAAUCUAAAAUUGUAUUCGAAUGAAAGAGAUAUAGGUAAUAAUACAUGUUAUAUAUAUAUUUGUUUAUAUAUAUUGUUUUUAAUAAAAUGUAUAUUUAUUGUUCUUAUUCAGAUAGUUGUUAGUGUUGAUGUGACUAAUGUAAAGUAGAGAUGGUUUAAUAAGACCCAAUGUUACGUUUAAUGUAUAGACUUGGUGAUUUACAAAUAUAUAUGUACACUGACCGAACAUAGGCAGUGGGUUUCGGAUUCACUUUUAUACGUCCGUCAGAACUGUUUAGUGCCAUACAUCUGUCGUAUAAACUUGUAUUGGCAGGAAAUACCCCCCCUCUUUUAAACCCAUCUCUUAAAUGUUUGAGAAAGCCUUUAUACAAAUAGUUACAAAUUGAUUGAUGAUUGAAUAUUUUGUCUAGAAUAUGGCAAACUUUUAAACCAUGUGAUAAAGUAUUGGGUAAAAUUCUUUAAAUAUUUUAAACACAUUUCAAUCCUAAUUGUCCUGUAAUCCGAUGAAUUCACUCGUGUCAUAUUUUUAAUAAUUUCACUAGUGUAGUAUACCCUGGAGUGUUUUACAUUGGCUGUACCAGUCACAAAUCAAUGGUGAAGUCAUAAUAUAGACAAUGACGUGACGUCAUGGAAUUGUUAAUUGCUGUCUCCUCUUGAUAGUGUCAUCAACAUUUUUACUUUGAACCUGUCAAAAUGUACGUUUUCUGAGUAAUGUGGUAAAAAGUAUCUAAAAUGUGUAUUCAUUUCGUAUGAAAUUUUUAUGAAACUCGUUUCGACGUUUUGAUUUUUGCUCGCCUUCAAUCUAUAUGAACAACAUAACAGGAUGCCAAUAAUGUGUUAUUUAUGAAUAUCAAAGUAUUUGUUUAUCAAAUAUACAUGUAUUAGAAAAGCAUUAAGCAAAAAUGAACAAAUUGCUUUAUCGCUGUUCAUCGGAAUUUCGUUCAACAGCAUCAAUUUUGAUUUGGAAGCAUAUAUCGGAGAUCUUUGGCACUGAAACAUAUCGAGUCAAAUAGAGAGCCAUCUCUUUAUUACCCUAGUAUCAGAUCGUGACAGUUGAGAUUACAAAAAAAAAAA